GUAUGAGAGCGGUCGGUUGGCUGAAGUUGUUGCACUGUUCAACCCACCCAAACCAACGCGCCUGUGUGCGCCCAAUUCCUCCGCGUGAAAACCAGUCCAGCUCUCCGCCUCACUGACAGAAACAGCCUUGAUGACCCGCGGGAGAUAGUUAAGUCAGUUAAACCUAGAAGACGAAGUCACGUUUAUAUAUGCUUUAUGCUUCAAAGCCCAAAUAACAAACACUAAAGGCAAAUAGCCUACGUUCGCAGGAGCGUGGAAAUAUUACAGCCCAAAUUAAGGUAAGUCUGUGUGUGUGAGUCUCUGUUUACCAGACAUGUUCUCCUGCCGCUCUUUCCUGCUUCUGCUGCUCAAUGUCUGCAGCCUGACUGCUCCCUCAUUGGCUCUACCCUUUGAGCAGAGAGGAUUCUGGGACUUUGCUAUGGAUGGAGAAGUGGGGGAUCUGAUGACGGUAAUGAUGAGAGAUGAAGAGGGUUCAGCUGUGGAGGAGCUGCCGCCAGAUGUGUCUUCAUGCCCCUUUGGUUGCCAUUGUCAGCUCAAUGUGGUGCAGUGCUCAGACCUAAGUUUGACUGUAGUGCCAAAGGAAAUUCCCAGAGACACCAAACUCCUGGACUUGCAGAACAACCGCAUUACAGAACUUAAGGAGAAUGACUUCAAAGGACUUACAAACCUCUAUGCUCUGUCACUGGUCAACAACAAGAUCUCCAAAGUCCACCCGCGAACCUUCGCACCCCUCUUACACUUAAAAAAGCUGUAUUUUUCCCAUAACCUCCUGACAGUGGUACCCAAGAACCUUCCCCCAUCCCUGGUGGAGCUGCGCAUUCAUGACAACCGUAUUAAGAAGGUUGCAGAAGGAACGUUCUCUGGUCUGGGCAGCAUGAACUGCAUUGAGAUGGGUGGAAACCCUAUUCAGAACAGCGGCUUUGAGCCUGGCGCUUUUAAAGGCCUGAAACUCAACUACCUGCGCAUCUCCGAGUCCAAACUCACCGGAAUACCAAAAGACUUCCCUGACAGUCUUCACGAGCUCCACUUGGACAAUAACCAGAUCCAGGCCAUUGAACUAGAGGACCUGAGCCGCUAUAAACACCUGUACAGAUUGGGUCUGGGUUUCAACCACAUCCGGAUGAUUGAGAACGGCAGCCUAUCAUACGUCCCUAAUCUCAGGGAGCUGCAUUUGGAAAACAACCGGCUGACCCGCGUCCCCAUGGGUCUGCCAGACAUGAAGUACCUGCAGGUGGUCUACCUUCAUUCCAACAACAUAAGUCGAGUGGAUGUUAAUGACUUCUGUCCUCAGCGUUACGGCAUGAAGAAGAGCUUCUACAAUGGCAUUAGCCUCUAUGGCAACCUGGUUAACUACUGGGAGGUACAGCCUGCCACUUUUCGCUGCGUUGGAGACCGACUGGCCAUUCAGUUUGGAAACUAUAAGAAGUAGAGAAUGGACGAAAAGAGAGAAUUGGGAACAAAUAACAAUGCUGGAAUUGAAACAGAACAAAAAACUGGGCCAAAAUGGUGUCAACAAACAGUGUUUGCAAAUGAUUUUUAUUAUGUAUCUUUAGAUGUAUUUGUUUAUGAAGUCUAAAGGUUCACAACAAGUAUGUAAACUAUAACGAUAAAGAUAUCAUUUUAAAAAUGAAAUGAAGUUGAAAGAAUAAAAUUAAAAGUAUAGCACAGUCCACACCACGACUAUAUCGAUAUCUUUUGUUGGAAUCACUAUCAGCCAAAUUUAAUUAGGCAGAUGAAUGAUAAAAACAUUGACAGCCAAUCAGAAUCCACAUUUUAAAGAACUCAAGCAUUUAAAGGGGCAGAGACCAAACUGCAGCAUCCAUA